CCCUGCUGAACCGGGAGCCAUCUGUUUAUACAAUUAUCGGUUAAGAGCCGGGUCUGUGGCGCGCGCUGUUCUUCCUAAAUGACUCCUUCAUGAGCGAUAUCCAUCGGGAUACUUAUUAGUAGCCCCACAUACACACACGGAUUAGUACGCAUCCCACUUUUGGUUGCAUCGCGUCAUUUUUCAGCGCUAAAACUAAAGAGAAUCGGUAAUUCGCCACGAAAACUUUUUGGUGCCGUUUAAACAAGUUAAUGGAAUCUGUCAAUUUUCCCGCGUAAACUUUUUAUUUUUUAAUUAUGGAAAACUUUUUAAACUACCAGUGCAACGAUGAAGGUUGGAGUCAACAAUGUUUAACAGCCAGUUCUUGUGGAGAAGUGGUGCCAGUUGCAAAACAAAGGUGUCAAGCAAACGCUCGUGAAAGGGACCGAACUCAAAACAGCGUGAAUACGGCGUUCAACACGCUGCGCCUGCUCAUCCCGACGGAACCGCCUGAGAGGAAGCUCAGCAAGAUCGAAAUCCUGCGUCUAGCUGGCAGCUACAUCACGCACCUCGAUAACCAACUUUACACAGGUGACAUGGAGCAACCGUGUCUUCAAAAGAAUGAAAUUGACCAUAAAAACCAAUCACUAUGUACAUUUUGCUGGUCUUCUGUGAAAAAAGAAAAAACCUCAGCUUCAGGUUACAACUAUUACAAAAUGUCUUAUUAAGCUUAAUAAGUGGGCGUGUUUGUAAGUAAUUAAUAAGGUAUUUAAUGAGUAACUAGUCCUUUGUAUAACAAAAUUAGGUUUUUUGUAUUUUAAUAAUCUUUGUAUCGAUGAAAAAUGCAAUAAUAAAUCAAAUGUAGAGUUCACUGAGUCAGAAUGAAUUAAAAAAAGUGGAAUUAAUAGACUACAUAAUGAAAUUUUGUAUUUAUUGCAAAUAGAGUUAAAAUUUUAAAACUGGGGUCCAACUUGAUGUGCUUUUGUCGGAGGAACAUAUAAAUAAUAUUAAAAAAAUAUAUAUCC